AUGCCUGUUUCAACUCGAAGAAGCAAAGCAGCAAGGCAAGAUAAAGAAGAAACAAGAAAGGAAGAGAAGGAACCAUCGGAUUCAGCUUCUCUUCUCACGAAAACACCGGUGAAGGAGCGACCAAAAAGAAAGAAGAAGACUGAAACUGUAGUAAUUGUACAACAAUCAACAUCUGUGGAUGAGGACUUGAUGGAUCAAAGUGAAAAAUUUCCCAUUCAAAAAACCCCUGUAAAAGCUCGGAGGAGAAGAAAAAAGAAUGUUGAAAGUGAUGAUGAGGAAUUAAAACAACCAGCACCUUCAGAAAAUAAUGCUAUCACUAAUGAUAAUAAUAUACAUAAUCAAGAAAAUACUCAUCCAGAAAACCGUGAUGAUGAUAUGUUAUUUACUCCUAAAAAGUCUUCCGAGAAUGGUGAGACUACAAAUUCGGAGAUACAUAAUGGAAACAAUGCAAUUGACGAAUCAUCAAGAUCGCUUUUGGCAUUAACAAUCCAAAGCAUUUAUUUGAGAAAACUCUGUGAACAAGACUUCUCACGGCAAUUACACCAUUUAAACGUAAUACAAAGCCGUUGGCGAAAAGUUUUGGCUCAAAAAUCAUGUUCUCAGCUAAGAGAGAGCACUAGACUGAAGAGAGAACAGAUGACAUCAGCUGUGUGCUUGUAUCAAGCUAGGUAUAGAGGUUUUCAAGUGAGAAAUACAUACGAAAAUCUUUUAAAGUCAGCGAUUACUAUUCAAUCUUUAUGCUCUAGAUAUUGCGUUAGAAAUGAGUUGAUAAGGAAGCGAAAAGAAAGAUUAGAAGAGUUGGAGAAAAAGAAAUUACAAGAGGAAGAAUUUCGAAAGAAUGAAAUCUCAACAAUGAUUUCUGCUCUUUUCAGAAGUCUCAUUAAUAGACAAUACAUAGGUAGGAUAAAUCAAAGUGCUCGAUUAAUACAAUCUGCUGUCGUGGCAACACAACAGAGACGCAAUCUGUCUCAGGUUAUCUGUGGAGCUGCAAUGAUGCAAGCAGCAUUCCGAGCAAAAUUAGUACGGAGCAAAAUGCAAAAAUUAACAUCAGCCAUUAGUGUCAUGCAGUCAUUAUGUGUGGUUGCUUUGGACAGGAGACGUAUAUUAGAGCAAGAAAAGCAAAUAAGAGAACAGAUCAUCAUAAUUGAAUCUGCUAUCAGAGGAAAAGAGAUCAGAAAUCUUGUAAAACGACAAUAUUGCAAUAUUACAGAACUACAGGCUUUCGUUCGCUCAUUUAUUUGCGCUAGGUCUUAUAAGAAUGAAAUGCAAAAAGAGAAAAUGUCAAGCAACAUUAUAGAAAAUUUAGAGAACUCUCAAGACAUUUAUUUGGACGCAAGCCUCGUUAUCCAAGCUCUUGUUAAAUCCAAAUUAACUAGAUCGGAGCACACCCAUACAUUGCAAACACUGCAAAUCAUCCAAGCCUGUAUUUUGGGCUAUAUUACAAGAAAAGAAUAUUCCACACCAAUAGGUACAAAAAAACUAGAUGUUGUUCAAAGCAAGGACCUUGAAAACCAACUCACGAUUAAGAAACGAUCUAUAGCUGAAUUUUCAAAAAAAGUUGAUGACGUUUUGGCUACAUUCUUAGAAAGUGUUACCAAGCAUCCGAAUAUUGAACAAAAUGAUCAUGAGGCUAUUUCUGAUAAAAAGCGAAAAAGAAACUCGAUGGAAGAAGAAGAAAACAGAAACAAUAAUGAAUCAUUGUUGGAUGACGAGACGUGUCAAGUAUUGGACUAUGAAAUCAAGAAACAAAAGAAACAAACAGAGGAGCUUUUGCGCAUUAUUGAUGAAAAGGUUAUUUCUAAAAAGUCUCAGAAAGAACAGGUUGAGGACUUGUUGGAUCAAUUGGAUCAAGAAACAGAGGUAAUAGAAGCACUCCAAAAAGAACAUGACGUAAAGCUUAGGAAAUUAGAAGAGGAGUUAGAACAAAAUAAUGUCUCUGCAGAAAAUUCACACAUAGAAAAUGAUAAGGACAAUCAGGAGCAGAUCAUUAUGGAAAAAGAUCGAACUCAUUCCUUACCUGAGAGCACAGAAGAACAUAUGGAUAAGAGUUUACCAACAACUGAUCCGUUGGAUAUUUCCAACAUUAGCCUAAUAGGAACACCAAAACAGACAUUGCGAUUGAGUAGACCAUUAACAAGAGCAACCAAUCUCCCAACAACGACCAGCAACAUGGACCAGCGUCAUCCUUUAUCAACUACCAUCACUCCAAAACCAACCAAAUUCUUUUCCGUGUUUUCACCUUCUCCUAUUUCCCACAAAUCACACCCAAAUAGGGCAAUUCAAAAUCAAAGUGACAACAAACAACCCCUAUCCCAAUCAUCCAUACUCUCUCCUACCGUCCAAAAGCUGGUCUCCCACAAUAAUAGACAACGAUCAGAUACAAGCAGAGAACCGCAACAACAAAUCCUUCUUUCUCCCAAAUCCAAAAUUUUGAACAGACAGCAAACUCCAGUCAAACAGUCAACCUCACGAUUACUCAACAGCAGCUUUAUUUCACCUUCUCCUUUCCUGAAUUCCUCCAUGAUGACCUCCUCCUUAAACAGCACCCCAAAUGCUUCAUCAUUGAGUGACAACUCUGAGUCUGAAUUAUUCAUGUCACCCAACACCUUUAACAACACUCAACUAAAUAGAAAACGAAAAUUAGACGAGUUUUCGAACACAGAAUUAAUUUUUCCAGGUCAAGUUGGGUCUAUCCCCACAAAUAACAAACUUAAAUUGCUCAAAAGAGAUGAGAAAAAUGUAAAAUGGGCUGGUGGUUCAAAUACCAAGUUGCCCAAUCCAACGCAAAUCCUUGUGGCUGACGAUUUUAAUCCAAAAUAUUCACCAAACAAGGUAUCUUCAUCCACCAGCAAAUCCAUUAUGUCACACUCAUCUCGAGGUGAAGUAGGUCAAGCACAAAAGCCUCCAAAACCACCUCACCCAUAA